AUGAUCGCCACCACCUGCCACCACCGAACACCGGUGCCACCGCCGCCACCUCCACCACCACCGACACCACCAGCCGCCACAACCCACCGCCAUCGCCACCCUCCGGCACCACCACCGGCCACCGCCACCACCAUCCAACACCACCGACCAUCGCCACCACCACCCGCCGCCAGGCGCUACCGUCGACCACCGACACCGAACAACGGCGUCUUCACUACCACCACCCAUUGCCGCCACCGCCACCCACCGUCACUGACCACCGCCGCCAUCAACCACCGCCACCACCCAUAA